AUGGGGUUUACGGAACGAAAUCGCACGGAGCUGGAGGAGAAAGGCUACACCGUGGUGGAAAACGUUCUCACCGAAACCGAAUGUGGGGAAUACAUCCGGGCAUUCAGGGAUUGGCUCACCGAAUUCCCGGAGGGCGAAUGGCCGUCCUCCGCUCAUUCUCUCAUUCAGGAAUAUAACAUUGGCCAUCAUGAGGCUGCGUGGAGUACCCGCCUCAAAGCUAAAGCCGUCUUUUCCAAAUUGUGGAAGACGGACAAGCUUCUUACUAGUGUCGACGCCAUUGCAAUAGGCCGGCCGCCAGAGGACGGAAAAGAGCUAUUCGCGGAGGAAGGUCUCCAUUGGUUACACGCUGAUCAGGAUGCAGAGAAGGUUGGUCUGCAUGCUUACCAAGGGACAGUGUACCUGGAGGCGGUGGCUGAGGACGACUGGACAUUCCACGUGAUGGAAAGGUCACAUCUCUACCUCAAUAGUCUCUAUGACCGGAACCAGAAAGCAGCACUAGAGAGUUCAAUUAAUAAAAACCAUUACAUUCGGGAUGAUGACGAAGAAUGGCUUAUCUCUAAAGGUUGUGUCACAAAGCGUGUGGCGGUACCACGUGGGGGAAUGGUUCUGUGGGACUCGAGACUUAUACACGCAAAUGCUCGUCCAAAAGAAGGGAGGGCACAUCCAGAUAGGUGGCGCUUUUGUGUGAUGGUCUGUAUGACUCCGGCAGCGUGGGCGACCGAAGAGGACCUGGAGACCAAGAAUGAGGCUUACAGGGACGUAGCCAUGACAACACAUUGGCCUUCACAAGAUGUUCAGAUCAUGUCUUCUUUAUUUCCUUCAAAAUAUUCAAAUAAUAUCGGCUGGUUGAAACAACUCCCAGAAAAUGCAAAAACAACGGAAGUGAAGCAGAUGUGUGGUGUGGUGUCGUAUGAUUUCAAAGACGGCGAACCAAACGGCCCCGAAUGGAUUCCCGUUUGGAAUAAGGACAGUAACCAGGAAACAAUGCCGUAA